AACACGACCGUAUUUGCUAUGACCUAUUGAACCGUGCGAACAUGGCAAUGACGUAUUGUUUAUUCCAAACAUGAUUUCUAUGAGACUCACAGUAGGAUAUUGAAAUUACACGUGAGAAUGAGAUGAUUUUUCAAAAUAAUUGACCAUAUGACCAAAAUAGUAAUAAUAUUCAACGCAUAAAGAUGUAUGAGGUUGACCUUCAAAAACCACGAGCCUAUUUCAUGAAACGUGUACGCUGCUUUUAAUAAUUGCAUUUGAUUGGCUGUUAGUGAAUAACGUCAUUGGGUUGUGACACUAAGGAAACAGGGCCCUAUAGCGUGGAUGGGAUUCCCAAGGAUUGCGCAAUGGAUGGGAUUCCCAAGGAUUGCGCAAUAUGGCAGGAAGGAUCAAUUUUAUAAACCAACUAUUGCACUCGAUAACAGUUCUGAGCAACUUGCGCUACUUAGUAUUGCGACAUCACAUCACAUUUUGUUUUUCAUGAUUUGCCUAGGAGCGGAAACAAGUAGUGUAGCUGCAUUAUACUCGAACAUUAGAAUUGCCAAUAAACAAAUAACAGCCCAAAGUGUGAAGAACCUCAAAGAGAAAUUGGUCUGUGCAGUUUGCAAGAAUACUCUCAAGAAUCCGAAACUUCUUGCAUGCUUUCAUGCAUUCUGUGUGGAGUGUUUGAAACAGGGUGAUCAAACAGAAGUGUUUUCAGGUGAGCUGAAAUUCCCAGCUGCAUGCAGCAAGGUAAUGGAUCUUCCAGAAGAAGGCGUGGCAGGAUUGAAAUGGAAUCCACUGGUUUGCAGGCUACAUAAAGUGCUAGAGGCAAAGAAAAACGCGAGCCAAAUCAUGUGUGAUGCAUGCGGCAACAGCAAGUCACCUUUGACAACCUACUGUCGAGACUGUUUAAGUUUCAUCUGCGAUUCAUGUGCUUCUUACCAUGGAAAAAUGAAACUCUUGCUGAAGGACCACCAUACAGUUCCCCUGGACAAGAUUAUCAAUGGGACUUUCCAAAUCAAUUGGAUGGAAGAGGGCUUGUGGAGAAAGGCGCACGAGUGUGGAGAGCAUAUCGGCGAGCUGCGGAGAUUCUACUGCAGGACCUGCAAGAAACGUAUCUGCAGGGACUGUAUCGUUCUCGACCAUACCAAACCUGAUCAUGACUGCACCACAAUGCAGAAGUUGUUUCAGGAAUCAAAGGAGAAGUUAAACGAUCGUUUGACAAGCUGCAAAGAAAAGGAGGAACAUGUGAGUACCCUGUUAAAUGAUGUGGAUGUACAAGCAAUAGGAACAAACCAGAAUUUUCAUAUGAUGAAAGAAAGAAUUCAGGACCUAAAAUCAACGGCUGUUGCACAUUUGAACAAAGUAGAGGAAGAACUUUUGCACAAGGUUGAAGUGUUGGAGGAAAAACUCAACGACAAAGUGCAAGCUUUCAGAGAUAACAUGAACACAACAAAAGAAAAUCUCACAAAGGCGCAAUCAAAGGCUAAAAAGGUUGUUUCGGCAAAAGAUGUUACUGACAUCUUUAGAGGUCCCUUCUUACCUGAAGAUGUUCUCAAAGAACUGGAAGAAUUGAUCGCGUCAUCAGACGUCACUAUGACAAUUUCUAUGGAUCUCAUGGCUCUGAAAUUUACCAUGAUAGAAGGGUCGAAGUUGCCAGAGCAAUUGGCGCGCUUUGCUAAGCUGUCAUUGCCGCAUAUUUGGCGAGAGACUCAGAUGUUUCCAAUUCCUGAUGAAGACAUUGUGAACAUUUUCUGCGAUGGAAACUCGAUGUACGUUGCUUGCAAAAAGGGGAUUUUCAAGAAACUGUUGCCUCACGAAGCCAACCCGUCCACUUGGAUGAAGCUUCAUCAUAAUACAGGCAUCAAACAGGUGGUAGAUAUGGCCAUAUCACCGACGGACUUAACCUUCUCUUUCAUUGCUGAAACCAACGCAGCUAGUAUGCAACUCUUCACGUUCAAACUUGAUGAUUUUCCAACAUCUCAUGGACAUGCCGCCCCUUCGUCAUCCGUUUCAACGGUCCCACCGUGUCCUCUGAACCCCAGUGCAAGAAUCACUGUUGAUUCACAGUCCCGCAUCAUUGUUGCCGAUAACAAGCCUGUCAUGCCAUGUUUUAUUCAGGCAACCUCAAGGUCCGAAUCGGACAGCGAAACCAAGGGGAAACACACGACACCAUCUGUGACAAAUGUGAACACAUCAUCUGUCUCUCUGGUUAGAGGAGGUAACUCAAAUAAGAGACCAGUGGCGGCGGGUGGUGGUGGAUUUACCUUUGGUCUGACACUGCCUCAACAUCAGCACGGCUUUGCUGGCAUAAGCCCCAUCUCUCAGACAGUAUCUUCUUUCGACAAGUCUCCAAGCAAGGCAGAAAACGAAAUCUCUCCAUCGGCUUCGAAAGGAAAGGAUACAAGACAGAGAAUCACCAAGAAGGGGUCAUCCAUCUUCACAUCAUCCAUGAUACUCUAUAGGGGUAAACCUCGACGCUCGCCUACUUUCGGCUUUGGUGGUACUCCUGUAAACCAAGGGUCUCAGUUAUCUUCAGAUAGUUGCAAGGUUCCACUUGAUAGGGUUCAAAGUCUUGCAGCCGCCAAGACAGGUCAGUUGGUGUUCCUCCGCUGGGAUAAGAAAGCCGUCGUCAUCACUGACAAAGACGGGGGAGUCCAGCUUGAAAUCAAGGAACCUGGCAGGAUGUAUUUGUCCAUCUCCUGCACAGAGAGUGACGCCCUCUACGUUCUGUCUGCCUUCUGGGGCAGCCACAUCGUCACGCUCGCCAAGCAUUCCUUGGAAGAUGGUGGUCCCCUCGAGAAAAUCAUCGACGAACUCGAUGUGUCAGCAGACUUCCAGUCAGACGAGUGGCCAGUCAUUGGUAACUAUGGAAACGACCUCGUGAUCAUGCAUACGGGGAAGGUGAUUCGUGUCUACUCGGCGGAAGCUUGGGAUAUAUUAGAUGACGAUAAGAAGGAUGAUGUGUAGGGUGAUGAAUUAUGAUUCCUUGUUUUGUUUCGGAGGCGAGUUGGCUCAGUCGGUAAAGCGUCCGUCUGUCUAACCAAAGACCCCGGGUUCGACUCCCACCCAGGCGGAUGACUGAAGCCUGCGUUGUGUGUUAACGUGCCCCUUCCCUUGUUCAUAGACGCAGGUUAUGUCAAGUGGAAAACACUCCGUCCCUCUGAUAGGACGUAAAAUUGAUGCCCCGAGUAGAGAAGAGUCACUACCUUUGCACGUUAAGAACCAACUGCACUAUUCGUAUAAGAGUAGGGGGAAACCCCGGUGUAGUGGUCCACCUGCACACACCCCCAGUAUAAUACGAUAAUACUCUUUGAAGAGGUCAAAAGGAAGAAGAAGGAAUAUGGAAAAGUUUUAACAGUGUAUACCAAGUAAACGCUUUAUUUUUAAUAAAUACAAUCAUAUAUUUGUGUUGUUAUCUCGAUCCGUUUUACCUUUAACAUUUCAGACAUAAUAGGUGACCAGUCACCGAUUUUUACUUUACAUACAUUAUCCAUAUCACAUUUCAUUAGUAUUAAUUACGUUCAAAUGCAACUUCGUUAAGCUAAUCUGGCAAUCAUCGGAAGAGGUGAUGUCUUUUUUCAAAGAACAAAUAACAUGUGUUUGUUUUUCUUGAACUUGAAGAUAUAUCAUUCUACACUUUAAGGGUCUGUAAAUAGAGCGAAGUAGCAUCAUGCGCCUUUCACGAUAACAAAGUGAUAUAAAUUACCAUCCAUUUUCUAAAAGUUUAAUUGUCAUGAUAGUGAGAAUGUAAAUCCGUGUUAGAAUACAUGUAUAUCUUUAUUUUAAAAGUUUUUUUGAAACAUUGUAAUCAUGACAAUCUUUUCUAGGCACUGAAUGUUACUAUUAUCUUUUUCCUUUCAUUUAUUAUUCAUGACUCAUUUACAAUAGCCCUCUCCGAUAUGCGGGCCAUCACAAAGUCAAAACAUUGUACACGUACGUGGUAUUCACCCGAUGAGGGGGGAGUUGCCCCACGAGUUGCAAGCCAAAGUAUUUUAGGGGGCGUUUCACAAAACUUGUCAUCAGUGACAAAUGACAAUUUAUGUUAUAAGCUAUUGAAAUCUUUGCUUCUGAUUGGUUAUCAGCAGAUUUGUCACUGAUUUUUGUUAUUUGUCAUUGAAAAAAGGCUUUGUGAAACGCCCCCCCCCCCAAAAAAAGUAUUUCAACUGUCAAAUAUAGGCACUCAAAUUAAUUGUCACACAUGAUGUAUUUGUUUCUUUCCUAUAUUAAAGGGUUUAUAAAUUCUGAUUCUGCCGUUCCAAAUAGUUGCUCAAUAAUGUUGUAGUAUAUAUUCUAUCAAGUUAUCCUGCUCAUGUACAUGCAUCAAAAAUCUAAACUUUGAUGAGAAAGUCACGUUGUUGUCAUUUGUUUGUUGCAGAAAUAAAGACUAACUGGACAAGUUCAACCCAA